AUGAGGACUCUAUCGACAUUAACUGCCGCGGCAGCAAUUCUCCCUGCAGUUUUAUCCACGCAAAUCCCCAUAUCAGAUGGGCCGUCUACACAAGCAAAGAACCCCUUCACGGGCGACUUCAACAACUACGUCGAUGAAUUAAUGGACGACUGGAAACUAGCAGGCAUGGCAGUCGCCGUAAUCGACGGCGACGACACCUUUACACAUGCAUACGGACACUCCAACCUCCCAGACACAAAAGCCACGCCCGAAACACUCUGGUGCGUUGGAUCAACAACCAAAGCCCAGCUCGCGGCCUCGCUCUCCCACCUCAUCCACACAAAUGCGUACCCAGCCCUCAAAGACGGCUGGUCCACGCGUAUCUCCUCCAUCAUCCGGGACGACUUCGUCCUGCAAGACGCAUGGGCGACGGCGCAUCUCACGCUUGACGAUGCGGUCAGUCACCGCACCGGCCUGCCGAGCCAUGACUUCGCGCUGGCUACGUAUCCCAACUCGAGUGCGCCUAUUCGCGAUGCUGUGCGGAAUCUGCGCAGUCUUCCUAUGCAGCUGGAGCCGCGUUCGGAAUGGCACUACUGCAAUCCGAUGUGGCAGGUCCUCACGCAUGUUGUUGAGACUCUGACUGGUAAAUUACUCCGCGAGACGUUGAAAAGCGUUAUUUGGGAACCGCUCGGUAUGAAAUCUACGUUUAUGGAUGUUGAAUCUGCGAGAGAAGCUAGUGACCUCUCAACGGGGUAUUGGUACGAUGAGCAUACGGAUAUGUAUGUGGCCAUGCCGUUUAUCCCCACGGCGGAGGUUUCUGGUGCAGGUGCGAUUAUUUCAUCUGUGACAGAUUACGCGAAGUGGGUGAAGGCUCUUUUGGGGAGGGACGAAUUCCUGUCGGAGAGUGUGCAUGCAGAUAUCGUUCGUCCGCGGUUUAUUAACACCGCAGAGGCGAAUAAAGGUGCUGAUGUGUCCAUGUAUGCGUUGGGUUGGGUUCGGACGACGUUGCAUGGCGAGAGGGCGAUUUGGCAUUCUGGCUCGACGGGUACCCAUGGUGCUUUGGUGUAUUGGUUGCCGGAGAGGAAGUAUGGUGUAGUUAUAUUUGUGAAUUAUCCGAAUGCUGUGAUGGAGGCCGUUAUGUAUAGGCUCAUUGAGGAGAAGUUGAAUGUCCCGAUGGAGAAGCGCAUCGACAUUACUGGAUUAGCAAAGGAAGCGUUGCGGAAACAAAAAGAGGACUUUGCGAACGCUACAAAGCUACUCUUCCCGGAUUUACCCACGCCGCGGCUUAAACCGUCUGUGAAGCCGUCAUCUCUGGCAGGAACGUAUCAUCACGAUGGGUACGGGGAGUUGACGCUCGCGGAGGCACGGAGCAGGAAUGGGGAGACUGUUCUCGUGGGAACUCGCUCGGGAGUGAUUUGGAGGCAGAGUGUUACGCUGGAGCAUGCGUCUGGUGAUUACUGGACGGCAUUGUGGCGGGUUAGCGAUGAUGAUCCUUCGCAGGGACAGGCUUUUAAGGCGCGGUUUGUGAUGGGUAGUGAUGGGGGCGUGGAGGGGUUGGAGGUUACGUAUCGGGCGGGAGGCGGGUUUCUGGAAGGCGUGGUGUUUUAUGAGAGGGUUUGA